CGAAUUUGGCAAGGACAACGGACCAACUGGGACUGAUGUCGUCGUCGUCGCUGACCUCAGAGCUGGACGGAAACCCACCUCUGUGGGUGACCCACAAGACCGGAGACAUCCACGACGACAUCUACAUAAACAACGCCCGUCUCCUGAUCACGCACUCCAAUUUCCGGGCCAAGAAUCUGAAGGGUUACGAUCAGGUGUUGCAUAAAAUCGACGAAGUGCUCGUUCCGGUGAUGUCACCGAAAUCCGUGUCCAAUCCCAUUUACAAUCCGACCGCCUGGGACUUCAUCGAGCAGUUCGAGUCGUUGAAUAUAAACCCGUACAGAGUGAGAUCUUUCAGGCAACGCGUGCAACAGACUAAGAAGGAGGAUAUUUUCAAUGCUGAAGGUGGAAACACCUUCUUCAUCCCAGUCGAUGAGGGCUUCAAGAACUCGCGCCCGGAAUCCAUCGACGCCAAAGUGAUCGAUGGCCACGUUAUACCGAAACACGUCCUCUUCACCGCUCCAACCACCAAGGAUAUUUCAUACGACACUCUGGCCAACGUCGAUAACAUGAAGGUCUACAUCUCGUUCUCGGAGGAAACCCACGGGAAAUCCUCAGCAAUCUACGUCAAGAGCCACAAUCGCCUCGCCGACUCCGCUCACACCAAGGGAGUCGUGAUGGCCGAGAUCGUCAAGGCGAACAUCCCUGUGAAGAACGGCGUCGUCCAUCUCAUCCACAAACCUCUAAUGGUCGUCGAUAAUACCGUCAAACAAUUCCUGGAGUUUAAGGAGAAGGAAGACGGACCGUUGAGUAAGUUCUGUCAGGAGAUCGCGGAUGCCGGGGACGUCGGUAAGGAAUUCAUGCGCACGAUCGAGCGUUCCCACGACCUGACCCUGUUCGCUCCGAGCAACGCCGCCUGGGAUGACGGAAACCUGAAGAGCCUCCUCAGGGACCCGGUGAAGAUGCGCGAAAUCCUCAACAUGCAUCUCGUCGUCGACAAGCGGCUCUACCUCGAGAACAUUAUCAAAGAUCACAACAGACACGUUUAUCAGGCUCCAACGCUCAACAAGAAAAAGAAUCUGUACUUCAAUGUGGCUUUCGCUGGGAACAACAAGACUCUCACCGUCGAAGGAGGUGGCGUCAACGCGACGGUCAUCCAGUCCGAUCUGGCAGCGACGAACGGUAUCAUCCACAUCAUCGAUCGAGUUCUUGGCGUACCGUACUCCACCGUCCUGGACAAGCUGCGUACUGAUCCCCUAUUAAAUCAGACGUACAUCUUGGGGAAACGCAGCGGAUUCAACCAGCAAUUAAACGACACGACUCGCAAGUUCACGUACUUCGUUCCGAGAGAUAAAGCCUGGAAGGACGCCAGCAUCGACCUUCCAUCUGCCAUCAAGAAGCUCUUCAUGGAGGAUUUCACCUAUCACGCGAAUCAGAUUCUGGAACGGCAUCUGGUUAUCUCCGACAUUCCGUACACGAUGGAGAGAAUCAAGCAGCUGACGAACGAUACGAACCUGUCCUAUCCGCACAAGGAGGUCGAGUUGCCCACCCAAAGGGAUUCACUCAGUCUUUUCGUCAAGGAGAAUCGAGACCACUCUUUCGUGAUCUACUGGAAGGGUGAAGAGAUCCCGGUCUUCAGACCUAACGUCGAAUGCACCAACGGCGUCAUCCACGUCAUCGACCGACCGUUCCUCAAGGAUGGAGACAUCAGGGUGUCCAAGGCCAGCAACCUCCAAUUCGCCCCUCACCUGAUCAUGCUUCUGAUCGCCAAAUUCCUCUUACUAUAAUUAACUUCUCGCUAAACUCGAGAACGUCUUUAUUUCUUAAUGCAAAUUCUACCAAAACGGCGAAAUCACCAAAUCCACAACCACAAAACACAACCCCCAAAAACAGAAUUAUCCAUAACAACAAAAGAAGAUUACAACAACAACAAUUUUUUUCUGUCGCAAAGAUUUUGGUGAUUAUUUACGAGUGUAAAUAACAAGCAGACAAGUCUCGUUUUAAGUUAAACUUAGUUCUCCUUUUUAUAUUUUUUUUUCUGUGUAUUUCCGUUGUACAUAUUAUAUAGUAAACAGUUCCGGUUUCCGAGCCGGGAUCGCAACCCAAGAAGUUAAGUUCUAGUAAUUAGUUCUAAGUUCGCACCUUCGCGAUUUUUGCCACCUUCAAUUACAACAUACGACAUUCCACGUUUAGUAUAAUAAAAUCCACCCUUAAACCCAC